GAAGAACCUUAACCUAAUCUGAUCCUCAAAAUAAGCCCCUUUUGGCAAUCGAGAAUCCUCCACUUGGCAUGGAAUUGAACAUUAAACCAAUCGUUGCAUUCCGUGGGACUCCAUACCAGGGCCAAGACGGCUUUCACUUCGGGCAUUUUGCGACGCUGUCACCAGGCGUCUUACUCUAGUCAUGCCCUAUGGAUACGGUCGUUAACUCUUAAAGGUUAGUACCGUACUUAAAGUGGCCAAACUGUUUCCGCUUCCGCUUUCAAAUCGAUUUGCUCCAAAAAAUCUUCGAGAUCCAACUGGCAGAGUUUCAGCCCCGGUAGUGUAGGACAUGGCGUUGGCUGACUUGGGACGAGAGCCCCGUGUUUAAUAAGGCGCUGAAGGGCCACCUCGGUUGCGAUAAUUUUUCCUGAAUCUCUCUCUGUGUGAUUAUUUUCAUCGCCAUUCCCCCUUCAACAUGGUGACAUUGUCGCCGUUGAGGGUUCGAUCGGCCGUUCUUAUAUUUUUAGGGGUCUCGUUUACUCUGGGGUUUUGGUUGUUUGGUGGUCGGAGCCACGAACCCGUGGGAUUUAAUAUUCCGUACAACCACGCAGAUUCACCAUCACCAUCAGGAGACCAUCCGAUCGAUCAACUCAUCCUAAACGCCGAUGCAGAAUGGCGAUCGCUGCUGGGAAAGGAGGCCAAAACUUUCGAGGCCGCAACGGAGGAAUAUCGUCGCCGUCGGGAUCGACAUCCGCCUCCAGGCUUCAAGGAGUGGUUCGAAUUCGCUAGGUCCAAGGACGCACUCAUUAUCGAGGACUUUUUCGACCAAAUAUAUGAUGACCUGAAUCCAUUCUGGGGUCUGGAACCAAAGGAGAUCCGACGACAAGCGCAAAGUCUCAAACCCCGCAUCGCUGUUCGCAAGCAUAAAGCGACCGCGAUCACCGACCACAAAGCGCUUUGGUUAGACUCAUGGCUCAGUCUUGUGCGCAGCAUCCAGCAGUACCUUCCCGACCUCGACAUGCCCUUUAACCCCAUGGAUGAAUCCCGAAUCGUUGUGCCUUCGGAAACCAUCGCGGAAUACAUGGGCAAGGAACGCGUAAGCCGACAGUGGAUGCGAGAUAAGAGCCCUGCAGAGUUUAUCACGGAAUACACAGCUGCGAAGGAUGAACCCCAGUCUGGGAAAUUCGAACCUCGCUUCCUAGGCCCCAACGAUGGUCCGUUCUGGCAUAUGGCUCGGGUCGGCUGCCCGCCAGACAGCCCGUCGCGCAAAAGUCUCACCGUCGACCCGGAUACAGUCCUGCAGGUGGCCAUGGAGAACUUUUUGCCGCACUCGCAGAAUGGCUAUGUGCGCAACUGGACCCAGUCCAAGGAUAUUUGUUGGCGUCCGGAGAUGCAGGCGCUCCAUGGAACCUUUAUCGAGCCCGUGUCCAUAUCCACCGCGCAUGAGCUAUUUCCUCUUUUUGGAGGAUCCAAGCUGCCAGUCAAUAACGAGAUCCUCAUCCCUCCUGCUAUGUACUGGGCCAAGGACAAGCGAUACUCUGGCGGCGACAAACAUGGUGGUCCAUGGGAAUCGAAGAAAGAUUCCCUGAUCUGGCGCGGCAUCGCAUCGGGAGGUCGAAACCGAAUCAACAACUGGACGGGCUUCCAGCGCCAUCGUCUUCUAGCCAUGUUGAACGGGACAUCCGUCGCUGCUGCCGAACGGAACAAUUCUCACUUUGUGAAUUUCGUGCUCCCCAACUACGACUACUACAAUCUGGCCUCGGGUCACGCCGGCCAACUCCACGAGUUCGUGGAGGACCAUGUCGACGCGGGCUUCAUCCAUCUCGUCUGCUUCCCCUGUGUCCCAGACCAGCCCUGCGAGUACGAUCUGACGGAUCCGCACUGCGCCUACACGGAACCGUACUUUGCCCUCGUCCCCGCCAUGCCCAUGGACAAGCAGUACGACUACAAAUACCUGCCUGACAUCGAUGGCAAUUCCUUUAGCGGACGGUACCGCGGCUUCUUAUUGUCGACUUCUCUCCCCAUCAAAGCAACCAUCUACGACGAAUGGCACGACUCGCGGCUCAUCCCCUGGGCCCAUUUCGUCCCCAUGGACUCGACGUUCCUCGACAUCUACGGCAUAAUGGAGUACUUUAUCGGAUACGGCGGGCCGGGCCAUGACUCCGCCGCGCGAAAGAUUGCCCUGAACGGCAAGGAGUGGGCGGAGAAGGUGCUUCGCCGGGAGGAUAUGCAGAUCUACAUGUAUCGGUUGUUGCUUGAGUAUGCGAGGAUCUGUGAUGAUAGACGGGAUAAUUUGGGGUAUACCGAGGAUAUCUUAUGGGUCGACCGUGAAUAGACCGUCUGAGGCGUCCGAUAUGCGCAACAUCUUCCGGGACCUCUUAGUACGACACUUGUUACUAUCUUAGCGGACUGAGGAAGGAAUUAUUCUCGCUGAAAGCACUGCUGGCGAGAUAGUGU